UAGAACCAAAACUGAAAGUCAAUCCAGCGGUCCACACUGUUCAACUCCCUAAAUCACCUCCCCGCCAUUUCUUCCCUCCCUCCCUCUCUCUUGAGAAAACAGAAACCAUGGAAGAAGGCGAUUUUCUUCAAUCUCAAAACAAAUCAUAAUGUAACGAUGCUCCGAAUGAGAAUACUCUCGUCGGCGAUAGCACUCUCGCUAAUCCUAGUCCUCGGCGAUCAGAUCACAUGGCGGCUGACCCUGGCACAACCCCUAGACUCCGGCGACGACGCUGAGGGCCCCAUGGCCUCAGCCGCAGAUAACCCAGCGGCUGUACAGUUCCUCACGCAGGCCAUGUACAAGCGCUUCAACAAUUUCUCCGCCUUCUUCGGCCCCGACGUCAAGAAGCAUCUCCGCUUCUGCAUCAGAGAUAUGGAUGCAGAGUGGGAUAAGGCCUUUAAUUUCUCCAAGAACACCAAUUUUUUGGCUGACUGCAUUAGAAAGGACAGAGAGGCAAUGCAGCGGAUGUGCACGGCGGCAGAGAUGAAGUUCUACGGGCAGAGUCUGUUGGGAGGAGGGGGCGGAGGGCUGAAGGGCAGUUAUUAUCUGAGGCCUAACAAGAACUGCAACCUGACGAUGUGGCCGGCAGGUUGCGAGCCCGGAUGGUCGUGCAAUAUCAGGAAAGAAGACAAUAUCAACAUCAAAAAGGACAAAGAGAUACCGUUGAGGAUUAAUGACUGUCAGCCUUGUUGCCCUGGCUUCUUCUGCCCUCAUGGCCUUACCUGCAUGAUCCCCUGCCCGUUGGGAGCUUACUGCCCUCGAGCUCAGCUCAAUCAAGCCACCGGCAUCUGUGAUCCGUACCGUUAUCAACUACCACCAGGACAAGCCAACCACAGCUGUGGCGGCGCUGAUAUUUGGGCUGAUUUUCAAACUGGCUACGAGUUGUUCUGUCCUGGAGGAUUCUACUGUCCAACCACCACCAUAAGAAACCCCUGCAACCAAGGAUAUUUCUGUAGGUCUGGUUCCACUUCACAGAUGCGUUGCUAUCAGCUUGCAGGCUGUGAUCCGCAAUCCGAGAAUCAAAACAUCACGGCUUAUGGAUUAAUCUUCUUCGUUGGGAUCACUUUGAUCCUUGUCAUCAUAUACAACUGCUCGGGGCAUGUCCUGAGCGAUCGAGAGAGGAGGCAGGCCAAGUCGAGGGAGGCUGCAGCUAGGAGUGCCCGGGAGACUGUCCAGGCACGGGAGAGGUGGAAGUCCGCCAAAGAUGUUGCACGCAAAGGUGCAGAACUAACGGCACAGUUGUCGCGGACAUUAUCACGGAAGAAGUCCGCGCUGAAUGAGCAGCAUAAAGGGUCUAAAGAUUCCGGUGACCACAAAGGGAAGAAGAAAAAAGAUGACAACCUGGUGAAGAUGCUGCGUGACAUCGAAGAGAAUCCUGACAGCGAGGAGGGGUUCAACUUGGAGAUCGGGGACAAGAAUCUGAAGAAGCAGGGGAAGGGGAAGGCGCUGCAUACGCGCAGCCAGAUCUUCAAGUACGCGUACGGACAGAUAGAGAAGGAGAAGGCAUUGCAGGAGCAAACCAAGAACAUGACAUUGUCCGGUGUCAUAUCUGUGGCUUCUGAUAUGGAAUUCUCGAAUAGGCCGCCUAUUGAGGUGUUCUUCCAGGACUUGACUCUCUCGUUGAAGGGGAAAAAGAAACAUCUCUUGAGGUGUGUGACGGGGAAGCUCGUGCCCGGCCAUGUUUCUGCUGUCAUGGGCCCGUCCGGUGCUGGGAAGACGACAUUCCUCUCAGCCUUGUUAGGAAAAGCAGCUGGUUGCACCAUCACCGGCUCUAUCCUCAUCAACGGGAAGAACGUUCCUAUGCAGUCAUACAAAAGAAUUAUUGGUUAUGUUCCUCAAGAUGAUAUAGUUCAUGGAAAUUUGACAGUGGAGGAGAAUCUGUGGUUCAGUGCUAGGUGCAGACUCGCAGCUGAUCUUGACAAAGCAGAGAGAGUUCUUAUUGUUGAGAGAGUAAUCGAGGCCCUGGGGUUGCAGCACAUUAGGGAUUCCCUAGUUGGAACUGUCGAAAAGAGAGGAAUCUCUGGAGGUCAGAGGAAACGAGUGAAUGUGGGGCUUGAAAUGGUUAUGGAGCCUUCACUUUUGAUCUUAGACGAGCCUACGUCUGGCCUAGACAGCUCUUCUUCCCUGCUACUCCUCAGAGCCCUACGUCGUGAAGCUCUUGAAGGAGUAAACAUAUGCAUGGUGCUUCACCAACCAAGUUACACAUUAUACAAGAUGUUCGAUGAUUUGAUACUUCUAGCAAAGGGUGGCUACACGGUGUAUCACGGACCAGUCAAGAAAGUAGAGGAUUACUUCUCUAAUCUAGGGAUCGUUGUCCCUGAAAGAGUGAAUCCUCCUGAUUACUACAUUGACAUAUUGGAAGGAAUAGUGAAACCAAGUUCUGAUGCAACUGUCAAAUUUAAGGAGCUUCCCCUCAGAUGGAUGCUUCACAAUGGUUAUCCUGUACCACCCGACAUACUAGAUUCUGCAGGGGUUUCGUCUGUUUCCACGGAUGUCUCGUCCCAUGGAGGACUCACGCCUGCUGGUUCUGCUACCCCGGACCACACUUUGGCUGGAGAUGUUUGGCAGGAUGUUAAGUUUACAGUAGGCCAGAAGAAAGAUUUCUUAUGGCUUAAUUUCAGCAGGUCCCAAGACUUGUCGAAUAGAGACACACCAAACAUCUUCAUGCAAUAUAAGUUUUUCUUAGGAAGAGUCGGAAAGCAGAGACUAAGAGAAGCCAGAACGCAAGCUAUGGACUUUCUGAUCCUACUACUGGCAGGGAUCUGCUUAGGAACACUUGCUAAAGUGAGCGACGAAACCUUUGGCGCAAAUGGAUACAUGUACACAGUCAUCGGAGUUUCCCUGCUGACGAAGAUCGCUGCUUUGAGAUCGUUUUCUCUGGACAAGCUGCAUUAUUGGAGGGAGAGAUCUGCUGGCAUGAGCAGCUUGGCUUAUUUCCUAGCUAAGGACUCAGUCGAUCACUUCAACACCAUGAUAAAGCCCGCUGUCUAUCUAUCCAUGUUCUAUUUCUUCAACAAUCCCAGGUCUACCAUUUUCGAAAACUACUUGGUCUUGCUGUGUCUCGUGUACUGCGUUACUGGCAUAGCCUACAUUCUUGCCAUCUACUACGAGCCUUCUCCAGCCCAACUGUGGUCAGUGUUGCUUCCUGUUGUUCUUACGCUCGUUGCCAACCAAGACGCAAACUCAUUCGCGUCAAAAAUAGGAAAUUAUUGCUACACAAAAUGGGCUCUGGAAGCAUUCCUGCUUACAAAUGCAGAAAGGUAUUCUGGGGUAUGGCUGAUUCAAAGAUGUGGUGCAAUCAAACAGAGAGGCUAUGACCUCGAAGACUACUACCCGUGCUUGGCCUACCUCAUCGCGACCGGCAUUUUCAGUCGAGGUGUGGCAUUUUUCUGUCUGGUCACUUUCCAGAAGAAAUAAUUAUAGAAGAUGUAGCUGGUUUUGAUAAUCUUGCAGCAGAGGGAAAUGGAGGGCAAGGUUCAUAGUUAGGAAAAUUUUCAGACAAGCAUUGUCAUGGCAGUGAGUUAUAGUACUAUGUUGUAUCAUAUUGCACAAAAUUCUUGCCUCUGGGGAUAUAUAUAUAUGGCUUACCAAUGAGAUGUAAAUAUAGACAACAAGGAUAAUGAUUGAUUAAAUACAGAUGUUGAGUGUGGUGAAAUCAAACUAUGAGAAGAGUAUA